AUGCCGCUGGAUUCCUCCGAGCAAGACCUUGACGAUCCUGACAUCGAAUUCGUCGAGUUUGAUCCUUCCGGUCGCUAUGGUCGGUACAAGGAAGUUUUAGGAAAAGGGGCUUUCAAGAAAGUAUAUCGAGCGUUUGAUGAGUUGGAAGGGAUUGAAGUGGCUUGGAAUCAGAUUAAGCUGACGGAUCUUUUGCGUAACUCUGAAGAUUUCGAGCGACUUUAUUCGGAGGUUCAUUUGCUCAAGACUUUGAAGCAUAAGAAUAUAAUUAAGUUUUACAAUUCAUGGAUUGACUCCAAGACCGAGAACAUCAACUUCAUUACUGAAAUUUUCACCUCCGGAACGUUGCGCCAAUACCGGAAGAAACAUAAAAAUGUUGAUUUGAGAGCUUUGAAGAAAUGGUCUAAGCAGAUUCUGGAAGGCCUUUUGUAUCUUCACAGUAAUGAUCCUCCUAUCAUUCAUCGUGACCUGAAGUGUGAUAACAUUUUUGUCAACGGGAAUCAAGGGGAGGUGAAAAUUGGUGAUUUAGGAUUGGCGGCUAUCCUCCAGAAGGCCAAUUCAGCACACAGUGUUAUAGGAACUCCUGAGUUCAUGGCCCCAGAACUUUACGAAGAGGAAUACAAUGAGCUUGUUGACAUAUAUGCUUUUGGUAUGUGCUUGCUAGAGUUGGUAACAGUUGAGUACCCCUAUGUUGAAUGUGCCAAUGCUGCUCAAAUAUACAAGAAAGUGACAUCUGGAAUUAAGCCAGCAUCGUUGGCAAAAGUGACAAAUCCUGAAGUUACAGCAUUCAUUGAAAAGUGUAUUGCCCAUGUAUCUGAACGGUUGUCUGCAAAGGAACUCUUGAUGGAUCCCUUCCUUCAGUCAGAUUAUGAUAAUGAAACUGUUGGCCGAUCUUCAAGAUCUCAAACCCAUCAUUCGGGAAAUAUUUCCCAAAAUCAAGCUCUUGCUGUGGAUACUUCUCUUGAGGCAAGUAGGGAAUUCACGGUGGAAGGUCAGAGGAGAGAUAAUAAUACAAUAUUUUUAAAAUUGCGAAUUGCAGAUUCCUCAGGUCAUAUUCGGAAUAUCCACUUUCCUUUUGACAUCGAAGCAGACACUUCAACCUCUGUUGCUAGUGAAAUGGUUGAGGAGUUGGAACUUACUGAUCAAGAUGUUACAACUAUUGCUAGGAUGAUUGACUCAGAAAUUCGGUAUCACAUUCCUAAUUGGAAUGUCAGUGAAAUUCCUGUUCACAGAUAUAGUCAAGAUUCAGGCUAUAUCUCUGAAAUUAGGCCAGAUGCCUCUCCUUCUGCCAGCAGUCUUACAUUAGAAACAUUACCUUCAGGUCGAAAGUACUGGUCAGACUCACCAAGGGGAGUUGGUGGAAACUCUCCAUCUCGUCCUCUUACUUCAAAAUCUUAUUUUGCAGCGGAUGCAGACGCCGAGGAUGGCAGCCCGGAUGGAAAUGGUGAUGUUUCUGCGGAUGAUCGUCUUGGUGAUUGUAGUGCUGAGAUUGUUGAUUCCCCUUCCAGCGGGAGAAGUAGUAAAUCAGGAGCAACCAGUGAAAAAUCUCUGAAAGAAAUAUCUGGAAGCGUGGAAGAUUCGGAAACAGAAUACAUCAAUCACAUGGCAAGAAAACUGGAGAAUUUGUUGGUUAAACAGAGAGAGGAGUUAGAUGAACUGAAGAGGAAGCACCAAUUAGCUGUCUCGGAUCUUUUGAAGGAACUUUCUCCAGAAAUUAGCCAGAAGGUUCUAAAUAUAUGCAACCUACAGAUACCUGGCGGUCAAAUGUAG